AGUGAUUAGCAGCGUCGAAGACUGCUGGUUUAAGUUUUGCAGUGCCAUUUUGAGCAGCGUAGUAAGUAACAUUUGCUUGUUAAAUUAAAGUUAAAUUUUUUGCACCUUUCGUUUAAUGAAUCGAAAACGCAAAUUGCAGUGCCGAGUAAAAUACGUCACAAGUGUUGUUCGUAUAAAUUAAACAGCUUUGACAAAAUUUAUGUUUUUGACAUUUUUUUUUAACAACCAACCAAAAAAAAAAUAGAAAAGCGUCGUGCAACACACACCGCAAAUGAAAGAGAACGCCAGAAAUUGAAGUGUAGGUUGGAAAGAAAAGUAAGAAGAAAAUUUGCAAGUAUUUUUUUCUUGACUGUUGGCGCUUGCGUUCAAGUGCGAGCCUUACAGCUGCCUGUCAUCAACCAGCUUUACGGCCCGAAGCCCCAAAUACACCAAAUACAACAUAUUUUAACAGUCUUUAAGGCAACCAAGGCGGCUGCUGCAACAUAAAGCACACAGCGCAAUCGAAAUCGAAUGUCAGCACGAUAACAAAUAACUAAAGAAGAAGAAAAAAUCGCGAAAGAGGAAGAGGAAGAAAGAGAAAAAGUAACAAAAACAAAAAAAAAAUUCUACUACUACCUAUAAUAAUAAUACAAAUAAUAAUAAUCGAAAGAACUUGAAGAAAACAGAACGAGAAAAUAAACAAUAAGAACGGCGGAAACAGGAAAAGCAGAAAAAGCAGCAGCGGCGACGUUUGCAGUAGCCGAUUGAGAGCAACAUUCAAGGGCCAAAUAAGAUGGACAUUGAAACAGAUCAGUCUAUCGAAGCAAUGGACACCCAGGAUACCCAAGAGGUCGAAAUAAUCACAAGCGACCUACAACAGCAACAACAACAACAGCAGCAGCAACAACAACAACAGACAAACUCGCCGCCUCAAUUGCCCAAAUUUAAGAAUUUAAUACAUCCACAGUUGCAACAACAACAACAACAACAGCAGCAGCAGCAGCAGCAGCAGCCACAACAACAACAGCAGCAACAGCAACUUCACAGUGAAAACGGUAACGUGCCACCACAACAGUUGUUGGCCGAAAGCAGCUCCACAUCGUUUGGUAACGAACAAGAGAUGCCAAUGGACGACGAGACAAAGGAGGAUCAAUUCCGUUCGGAAACGGUAUUCUCCUAUACCGUUGAGAAUGUUAGCCAAAUCAAGCAACAACAUUUAUCGCAACCAGUGUAUGUUCGCAUGCUGCCAUGGAAGAUAAUGGUCAUACCGAAUGAUCGGGCAUUGGGAUUCUUUCUCCAAUGCAAUGGUGAGAAUGAUUCACCCACCUGGUCAUGCAAUGCCAUUGCCGAAUUGCGUCUCAAAUGUCACAAGCCGGAUGCGCAGCCAUUUACGCGCGCCAAAAUCAAGCAUUUAUUCUACUCGAAGGAGAACGAUUAUGGUUAUUCAAAUUUCAUAACCUGGCAGGAGCUGCAGGAUCCGGACAAAUAUUAUGUGCACAAUGGCAGCAUUACACUGGAAGUGCAUGUUAUUGCCGAUGCUCCGCAUGGCGUUCUAUGGGAUUCCAAGAAGCAUACCGGCUACGUUGGCCUAAAGAAUCAGGGUGCCACUUGCUAUAUGAAUUCGUUGCUGCAAACAUUAUAUUUUACAAACUCAUUGCGCUUGGCCGUUUAUCGUAUACCAACGGAGGCAGAUGAUAGCACCAAAUCGGUGGGCUUAUCCCUGCAGCGUGUCUUCCACGAGCUGCAGUUCGGUGAUCGUCCCGUUGGCACCAAGAAGCUAACUAAAUCAUUCGGCUGGGAGACUCUGGACUCGUUCAUGCAACACGAUGUCCAGGAAUUUUUGCGUGUCCUGCUCGACAAGUUGGAGUCGAAAAUGAAGGGCACCUGCCUCGAGGGCACCAUUCCAGGACUAUUCGAGGGCAAAAUGUCGUCGUACAUUAAAUGCAAGAAUGUCGACUAUAAUAGCACACGCUACGAGACAUUUUAUGAUAUUCAGCUAAAUAUCAAAGACAAGAAGAACAUCUACGACUCGUUUCAGGAUUAUGUCGCCUCGGAGACACUCGAAGGCGACAACAAAUACGAUGCCGGUGUCCAUGGUCUUCAGGAGGCAAGCAAGGGCGUUAUAUUCACAUCAUUCCCGCCGGUGCUGCAUUUGCAUUUGAUGCGUUUCCAAUAUGAUCCAAUUACAGACAGUUCGAUCAAAUACAAUGAUCGCUUUGAGUUUUAUGAGCAAAUCAAUCUCGAUAGUUAUCUGGCGGAGAAUGAGAAGACCCCGGCCGAUUAUGUACUGCAUGCCGUGCUCGUGCACUCGGGUGACAAUCAUGGCGGUCAUUAUGUGGUCUUCAUUAAUCCCAAAGCUGAUGGACGUUGGUUUAAGUUUGAUGACGAUGUGGUAUCCAGUUGCCGUAAACAAGAGGCGAUCGAGCAGAAUUAUGGCGGCAUGGAUGAUGAGAUCUCGUUUCAUGCCAAAUGCAGUAAUGCCUAUAUGCUCGUCUAUAUACGACAAUCGGAGCUAGAUCGCGUAUUGGGCGACAUACCUGAAAAUGAGAUAUCCAGUGACCUGGUGGAGCGUCUCGAUUUAGAGAAACGCAUCGAAAUGGCGCGUCGCAAGGAGCGCAGUGAGGCGAAUCUCUAUGUACCAAUCCAUGUCAUACUCGAGGAAUACUUUGAGUCACAACAAAAGCGACGUCUCUUCGAUUUGGAGAAGACACAUCAGCGUCCAUUUAAGCUAAAGCAAAAUCAAACCGUUAACGAGAUGGUCGAGAUGCUGGUGAAGGCAUUUGGUGUGCCACGCGAUCGCAUGCGCAUGUGGAACAUGUGCACGGCCCAAACACAAAAGUUCCUGCAUUUUGAUUUUGAGGCAGAGGCCACAAGGACCAUCGAACAGAUACCCACAUCGCAGAAGCCAUGGGUGAUCUUCCUGGAGCUGGCACCGCCCGAUAGCACCGUGCCACUGUCACCGUUCAAUCCCAAGACCGAUGUGCUGCUCUUCCUCAAGUAUUACGAUGCGCGCAACAAGCGUCUCAAUUAUAUCGGUUGCACACAGCAGCCACUUUCUCGUCGUCUCGCCGAGCUGGUGCCAGAGAUUAAUCGUAAACUUGGCUUCGAACCGGACACUGAACUGACCGUAUUCGAUGAGUAUGCUGAAAAGAAAAUACCCAACAUUAAUGAGCCCAUUGAGAAUGUCCUCUACAUGCCGCAGGAUCAUUUGCAGGGACCGAUAUUAAUCUUUGAACGCGAGAAUGUUGAUGUUAAACUGGACUUACCCACCGUUGAGGAUUACUUUUUGGAUCUUGUCUAUCGCAUCGAGAUCAUUUUCAGCGACAAAUGUAAUCCCAAUGAGCCCGACUUCACACUCGAGCUAUCAAAUCGCUAUAACUAUGAUCAAUUGACAAAUGCCGUCGCCGAGCGACUCAACACAGAUCCCCAAAAGCUGCAGUUCUUCAUGUGCAUCAGCAACUACAAGGAGACCGCUGGCAAUGCUGUGCCCUACACCUACAAGGGUACCAUUAAGGAUCUCUUGUCGUAUACGAAGCAGAGCACGCCGAAGCGUAUUUUCUAUCAGCGAUUGUCACUAAGCAUACACGAGCUGGAUAACAAGAAGCUGUUCAAGUGCAUUUGGGUAUCCAAUGACCUGAAGGAGGAGAAGGAGCUGGUGCUAUAUCCGAAUAAGAAUGAUACGGUCAAGGGUCUCCUAGAUGAGGCGGCCAAAACAAUAACGUUCGCUGAAAAUAGCCGCAAGAAGUUGCGUCUCAUGAAGGUGGGCAAUCAUAAAAUUGCGUCCGUCUGCAAGGAUGAUAUCCUAUUGGAGACAUUGAUCAAGACAAAUGAAUCGAUAACAACCACACAAGGUACACAGAAAAUCUAUCGCAUCGAGGAGGUGCCCAUCGAGGAGACACAGCUGGCCGAGAAUGAGCUUCUCAUACCUGUGGCCCAUUUCAGCAAAGAGUUGUACAAUUCAUUUGGUGUCCCGUUCCUGACAAAAGCGCGACAUGGCGAACCGUACGGUGCGCUCAAGCAGCGCAUACAGAAGCGUCUCAAUGUUCCCGAUAAGGAAUGGGAGAAUUAUAAAUUUGCUGUCAUCACAAUGGGUCAUACAACCGAUGUGAAUGAUAAUACACCUAUCGAUCUGGAGGUCUAUCGCACUUGGACUAGCGGACAGUUGCCAUUCUUUGGACUCGAUCACAUCAAUAAGUCGCGCAAGCGCAGCUCAUUGAACUUCUCCGAGAAGGCAAUCAAAAUCUACAAUUAAUCAACAAACAAACAAACAAAAAAUUAAAUAAAAUAAAAAAUAUAUAUAUAUAAAAAAGGAGAAAAGAAAAAAACAACAACAACAAACGACAACAAUAUCUACAACUACAACAACAACAUCAACAGCAACAGCAGCAACAACAAAUAAUAAUAGUUAUAUAGAUAUAUUAAUAAUAUAUUCAACUUGGAUCGUACUGUGUAUAUGUGUAUGUGUCAGUGUUUGUGUCUCGGUACCCAUCUUAACUCUUAACGA